AUGAGUGUUGGCCGGAGGAAGCUGGCCCCGCUCUGGACCCUGGCUCUCGCUCUGGCCUGCACCCGGCACACAGCCCCCCUCCUCUUUCUGCAGGCCAUGCCCAGGAUGGCUUCUCCAAAUCCAGCUACAAGCACCACUCUGCCCUCUCUCCUAUCGCCCAGGGGCCCGGCGGUGACGGUCCCGCUCCGUGGGGUGACUGUCUUCCCAUCUCUGAGGACCAUCCCUGUGGUACGAGCCUCCAACCCGGCGCACAGCGGGCGAGUGUGCAGCACCUGGGGCAACUUCCACUACAAGACCUUCGACGGCGACGUCUUCCGCUUCCCCGGCCUCUGCAACUAUGUGUUCUCUGAGCACUGUGGCGCCGCCUACGAGGACUUCAACAUCCAGCUACGCCGCAGCCAGGAGUCAGCGGCCCCCACGCUGAGCAGGAUCCUCAUGAAGGUGGACGGCGUGGUCAUCCAGCUGACCAAGGGCUCCGUCCUGGUCAACGGCCGCCCGGUCCUGCUGCCCUUCAGCCAGUCUGGGGUCCUCAUUCAGCAGAGCAGUAGCUACACCAAGGUGGAGGCCAGGCUGGGCCUUGUCCUCAUGUGGAACCACGAUGACAGCCUGCUGCUGGAGCUGGACGCCAAAUACGCCAACAAGACCUGUGGGCUCUGUGGGGACUUCAACGGGAUGCCCGUGGUCAGCGAGCUCCUCUCCCACAACACCAAGCUGACACCCAUGGAGUUCGGGAACCUGCAGAAGAUGGACGACCCCACGGAGCAGUGUCAGGACCCUGUCCCUGAACCCCCGAGGAACUGCUCCACUGGCUUUGGCAUCUGCGAGGAGCUCCUGCACCGCCAGCUGUUCUCUGGCUGCGUGGCCCUGGUGGACGUCGGCAGCUACCUGGAGGCCUGCAGGCAGGACCUCUGCUUCUGCGAAGACACCGACCCGCUCAGCUGCGUCUGCCACACCCUCGCCGAGUACUCCCGGCAGUGCGCCCACGCGGGGGGGCUGCCCCAGGACUGGCGGGGCCCUGACCUCUGCCCCCAGAAGUGCCCCAACAACAUGCAGUACCACGAGUGCCGUUCCCCCUGCGCAGACACCUGCUCCAACCAGGAGCACUCCCGGGCCUGCGAGGACCACUGUGUGGCCGGCUGCUUCUGCCCUGAGGGGAUGGUGCUUGACGACAUUGGCCAGACCGGCUGUGUCCCUGCGUCAAAGUGUGCCUGUGUCUACAAUGGGGCCGCCUAUGCUCCGGGGGCCACCUAUUCCACAGACUGCGCCAACUGCACCUGCUCCGGAGGCCGGUGGAGCUGCCAGGAGGUUCCGUGCCCAGGUACCUGCUCUGUGCUUGGAGGUGCCCACUUCUCGACGUUUGACGAGAGGCAAUACACGGUGCAUGGGGACUGCAGCUAUGUGCUGACCAAGCCCUGUGACAGCAGUGCCUUCACUGUACUGGCUGAGCUGCGCAGGUGUGGGCUGACGGACAGCGAGACCUGCCUGAAGAGCGUGACACUGAGCCUGGACGGGGCACAGACGGUGGUGGUCAUCAAGGCCAGCGGGGAGGUGUUCCUGAACCAGAUCUACACCCAGCUGCCCAUCUCUGCAGCCAAUGUCACCAUCUUCAGACCCUCAACCUUCUUCAUCAUCGCCCAGACCAGCCUGGGCCUGCAGCUGAACCUGCAGCUGGUGCCCACCAUGCAGCUGUUCGUGCGGCUGGCGCCCAAGCUCCGCGGGCAGACCUGCGGUCUCUGUGGGAACUUCAACAGCAUCCAGGCCGAUGACUUCCGGACCCUCAGUGGGGUGGUGGAGGCCACGGCCGCGGCCUUCUUCAACACCUUCAAGACCCAGGCCGCCUGCCCCAACAUCAGGAACAGCUUCGAGGACCCCUGCUCCCUGAGCGUGGAGAACGAGAAGUAUGCUCAGCACUGGUGCUCGCAGCUGACCGACGCUGACGGCCCCUUCAGCCGGUGCCAUGCUGCCGUGAAGCCGGGCACCUACUACUCGAACUGCAUGUUUGACACCUGCAACUGUGAGCGGAGUGAGGACUCUGUGCGCCGCGCUGUCCUCCUAUGUGCACGCCUGUGCGCCAAGGGCGUGCAGCUCAGCGGCUGGAGGAACGGCGUCUGCACAAAGCCCAUGACCACUUGCCCCAAGUCGAUGACCUACCACUACCAUGUCAGCACCUGCCAGCCCACCUGCCGCUCCCUGAGCGAGGGGGACAUCACCUGCAGUGUUGGCUUCAUCCCUGUGGAUGGCUGCAUCUGUCCUGAGGGCACCUUCCUGGACGACACGGGCAAGUGUGUGCAGGCCAGCAACUGUCCCUGCUACCACAGGGGCUCCAUGAUCCCCAAUGGGGAGUCGGUGCACGACAGCGGGGCUGUCUGCACCUGCACGCAUGGGAAGCUGAGCUGCAUCGGAGGCCAAGCACCCACCCCAGUGUGUGCUGCACCCAUGGUGUUCUUCGACUGCCGCAAUGCCACACCCGGGGACGCAGGGGCUGGCUGUCAGAAGAGCUGCCACACCCUGGACAUGACCUGUUACAGCCCCCAGUGUGUGCCUGGCUGCGUGUGCCCCGACGGGCUGGUGGCGGACGGUGAGGGCGGCUGCAUCACUGCGGAGGACUGCCCCUGCGUGCACAACGAGGCCAGCUACCGGGCCGGCCAGACCAUCCGGGUGGGCUGCAACACCUGCACCUGUGACAGCAGGAUGUGGCGGUGCACAGAUGAUCCCUGCCUGGCCACCUGCACCGUGUACGGGGAUGGCCACUACCUCACCUUCGACGGGCAGAGCUACAGCUUCAACGGAGACUGCGAGUACACGCUGGUGCAGAAUCACUGUGGCGGGAAAGACAGCGCCCAGGACUCCUUCCGUGUCGUCACUGAGAAUGUCCCCUGCGGCACCACGGGGACCACCUGCUCCAAGGCCAUCAAGAUCUUCCUGGGGGGCUCCGAGCUGAAGCUGAGCCACGGGAAGGUGGAGGUGAUCGGGACGAACGAGAGCCAGGAGGUGCCAUACACCAUCCGGCAGAUGGGCAUCUACCUGGUGGUGGACACCGACGUCGGCCUGGUGCUGCUGUGGGACAAGAAGACCAGCAUCUUCAUCAACCUUAGCCCCGAGUUCAAGGGCAGGGUCUGUGGCCUGUGUGGGAACUUCGACGACAUCGCCGUCAAUGACUUUGCCACGCGGAGCCAGUCCGUGGUGGGGGACGUGCAGGAGUUCGGGAACAGCUGGAAGCUCUCCCCUUCCUGCCCAGACGCCCUGGAGCCAAAGGACCCCUGCACAGCCAACCCCUUCCGCAAGUCCUGGGCCCAGAAGCAGUGCAGCAUCCUCCACGGCCCCACCUUCACCGCCUGCCACGCACACGUGGAGCCGGCCAGGUACUACGAGGCCUGUGUGAGCGACGCGUGUGCCUGCGACUCAGGGGGUGACUGCGAGUGUUUCUGCACAGCCGUGGCCGCCUAUGCCCAGGCCUGUCAUGAAGUGGGCCUGUGUGUGUCCUGGCGGACCCCCAGCAUCUGCCCUCUGUUCUGCGACUACUACAACCCUGAAGGCCAGUGCGAGUGGCACUACCAGCCCUGUGGGGCGCCCUGCCUGCGGACCUGCCGGAACCCCCGCGGAGACUGCCUGCGGGACGUCCGGGGCCUGGAAGGCUGCUACCCCAAGUGCCCACCAGAGGCUCCUAUCUUUGAUGAGGACAAGAUGCAGUGUGUGGCUACCUGCCCGACACCGCCUCUGCCACCACGGUGCCACAUCCAUGGGAAGUCCUACCGGCCAGGCGCAGUGGUGCCCUCGGACAAGAACUGCCAGUCCUGCCUCUGUACCGAGCGCGGCGUGGAGUGCACCUACAAAGCUGAGGCCUGUGUCUGCACCUACGAUGGACGGCACUUCCACCCAGGGGACGUCAUCUACCACACGACGGACGGCACGGGUGGCUGCAUCUCCGCCCACUGCGGGGCCAACGGCACCAUUGAGAGGAGGGUCUACCCCUGCAGCCCCACUACCCCCGUCCCCCCAACCACCUUCUCCUUCUCCACACCCCCGCUCGUCAUGAGCUCCACGCACGCCCCCAGCCCUGGCCCGAGCAGCGCGCACACAGGCCCUCCGAGCAGCCCCUGGUCCACCACAGCAGGCCCUUCUCCCAGGACAAGGCCGCCCACAGCCUCUGCCUCGCUGCCGCCGGUCUGUGGGGAAAAGUGCCUGUGGUCACCAUGGAUGGACGUCAGCCGCCCUGGACGGGGCAAGGACAGCGGUGACUUUGACACACUGCAGAACCUCCGCGCCCAUGGGUACCGGGUGUGCGAAUCACCCAGGUCGGUGGAGUGCCGAGCCGAGGAUGCCCCCGGAGUGCCGCUCCGAGUCCUGGGGCAGCGUGUGCAGUGCAGCCCGGACGUGGGGCUGACCUGUCGUAACAGGGAGCAGGCAUCGGGGCUCUGCUACAACUACCAGAUCAGGGUCCUGUGCUGCACGCCCCUAGCCUGCUCCACCUCUAGCAGUCCAGCCCAGACCACUCCUCCAACAACCUCCAAGACCACUGAAACCCGGGCCUCAGCCUCCUCAGCCCCCGGCAGCACACCUGGCCCCGUGGCUGUCUCUACAGCCAGGACAACACCUGCCCCAGGUACCGCUACAUCUGUCAAAAAAACUUUCUCAACUCCCAGCCCUCCACCAGUGCCGGCAACAUCAACAUCAUCCAUGUCGACCACGGCCCCGGAGACCUCCGUGGUCUCCAGCAAGCCCACCCCCACCGAGCCCAGCACAUCCUCCUGCCUACAGGAGCUUUGCACAUGGACUGAGUGGAUCGACGGCAGCUACCCUGCUCCCGGAAUAAAUGGUGGAGAUUUUGACACAUUUCAAAAUUUGAGAGAUGAAGGAUACACAUUCUGUGAAAGUCCUCGAAGCGUGCAGUGCCGGGCAGAGAGCUUCCCCAACACGCCACUGGCAGACCUGGGGCAGGACGUCAUCUGCAGCCGCACGGAGGGGCUGAUUUGCCUGAACAAGAACCAGCUCCCACCCAUCUGCUACAACUAUGAGAUCCGAAUCCAGUGUUGUGAGACGGUGAACGUGUGCCGAGACGGCACCAGACCGCCAAAGACCAUCGCAACGACACAGCCGACUCCACACCCAACUGGAGCUCAGACUCUGACCACCAUCACCAGACACAUGCCCUCGGCCUCCACAGAGCAACCCACGGCCACCUCCAGGGGCAGGACCACAGCAACCAGUGUCACACAGGGCACCCACACCAGACCAGUCACCAGAGACUGUCAUCCCCGGUGCACCUGGACAAAGUGGUUUGACGUGGACUUCCCGUCCCCUGGACCCCAUGGCGGGGACAAGGAAACCUAUAGCAACAUCAUCAGGAGUGGGGAAAAAAUCUGCUGCCGACCCGAGGAGAUCACCAGGCUCCAGUGCCGAGCCGAGAGCCACCCGGAGGUGAGCAUCGAACACCUGGGCCAGGUGGUGCAGUGCAGCCGUGAAGAGGGCCUGGUGUGCCGCAACCAGGACCAGCAGGGACCCUUCAAGAUGUGCCUCAACUACGAGGUGCGCGUGCUCUGCUGCAAGACCCCCAAAGGCUGCCCCAUGACCUCCACACCUGGCUCCACCUCUAGCAGUCCAGCCCAGACCACUCCACCAACAACCUCCAAGACCACUGAAACCCGGGCCUCAGUCUCCUCAGCCCCCGGCAGCACACCUGGCCCCGUGGCUGUCUCUACAGCCAGGACAACACCUGCCCCAGGUACCGCUACAUCUGUCAAAAAAACUUUCUCAACUCCCAGCCCUCCACCAGUGCCGGCAACAUCAACAUCAUCCAUGUCGACCACGGCCCCGGAGACCUCCGUGGUCUCCAGCAAGCCCACCCCCACCGAGCCCAGCACAUCCUCCUGCCUACAGGAGCUUUGCACAUGGACUGAGUGGAUCGACGGCAGCUACCCUGCUCCCGGAAUAAAUGGUGGAGAUUUUGACACAUUUCAGAAUUUGAGAGACGAAGGAUACACAUUCUGUGAAAGUCCUCGAAGCGUGCAGUGCCGGGCAGAGAGCUUCCCCAACACGCCACUGGCAGACCUGGGGCAGGACGUCAUCUGCAGCCGCACGGAGGGGCUGAUUUGCCUGAACAAGAACCAGCUCCCACCCAUCUGCUACAACUAUGAGAUCCGAAUCCAGUGUUGUGAGACGGUGAACGUGUGCCGAGACGGCACCAGACCGCCAAAGACCAUCGCAACGACACGGCCGACUCCACACCCAACUGGAGCUCAGACCCUGACCACCAUCACCAGACACAUGCCCUCGGCCUCCACAGAGCAACCCACGGCCACCUCCAGGGGCAGGACCACAGCAACCAGCGUCACACAGGGCACCCACACCAGACCAGUCACCAGAGACUGUCAUCCCCGGUGCACCUGGACAAAGUGGUUCGACGUGGACUUCCCGUCCCCUGGACCCCACGGCGGGGACAAGGAAACCUACAGCAACAUCAUCAGGAGUGGGGAAAAAAUCUGCUGCCGACCCGAGGAGAUCACCAGGCUCCAAUGCCGAGCUGAGAGCCACCCGGAGGUGAACAUCGAACACCUGGGCCAGGUGGUGCAGUGCAGCCGUGAAGAGGGCCUGGUGUGCCGCAACCAGGACCAGCAGGGACCCUUCAAGAUGUGCCUCAACUACGAGGUGCGCGUGCUCUGCUGCAAGACCCCCAAAGGCUGCCCCAUGACCUCCACACCUGUGACAGCUCCUAGCACCCCAAGUGGGAGAGCCACCAGCCCAACUCAGAGCACCUCCUCUUGGCAGAAAUCCAGGACAACCACUUUGGUGACAACCAGCACAACCUCCACUCCACAGACCAGUACAACCUCUGCCCCAACAACCAGCACAACCUCUGCUCCUACAGCCAGAACAACCUCUGCCCCUACAACCAGCACAACCUCUGCCCCAACAACCAGCACAAUCUCUGGUCCUGAAACUACUCCCAGCACAAUCUCUGCUCCUACAAAGAGCACAACUUCUGGUCCUGGAACUACUCCCAGCCCUGUUCCCACCACCAGCAGAACCUCUGCUCCUACAACCAGAACAACCUCUGCCUCUACAACCAGCACAAACUCUGGUCCUGGAACUACUCCCAGCCCUGUUCCCACCACCAGCAGAACCUCUGCUCCUACAACCAGAACAACCUCUGCCUCUACAACCAGCACAACCUCUGGUCCUGGAACUACUCCCAGCCCUGUUCCUACCACCAGCAUAAUCUCUGCUCCUAAAACCAGCACAACCUCUGCCCCUACAACCAGCACAACCUCAGCUCCUACGAUCAGCACAACCUCUGCUACUACAACCAGCACAACUUCUGGUCCUGGAACUACCCCAAGCCCUGUUCCCACCACCAGCACAACUUCUGCCCUGACAACCAGAACAACGUUUGCCCCUACAAGCAGCACAACCUCUAGUCCUGAAACUACUCCCAGCCCUGUUCCUACCACCAGCACAACCUCUGCCCCUACAACCAGCACCAGCUCUGCUCCUACAAGCAGCACAACCUCCGGUCCUGGAACUACUUCCAGCCCUGUUCCCACCACCAGCACAACCUCUGCCCCUACAACCAGCACCAGUUCUGCUCCUACAAGCAGCACAACCUCCGGUCCUGGAACUACUUCCAGCCCUGUUCCCAGCACCAGCACAACCUCUGCUCCUACAACCAGCACAACCUCUGCCCCUACAAGCAGCACAACCUCCGGUCCUGGAACUACUUCCAGCCCUGUUCCCACCACCAGCACAACCUCUGCUCCUACAACCAGCACAACCUCUGCCCCUACAAGCAGCACAACCUCUGCCACUACAACCAGCAGAAUCUCUGGUCCUGAAACUACUCCCAGCCCUGUUCCUACCACCAGCACAACCUCUGCUACUACAACAAGCACAGUCUCUGCUCCUACAACGAGCACAACUUCUGGUUCUGGAACUACUCCCAGCCCUGUUCCUACCACCAGCACAACCUCUGCUCCUACAACCAGCACAACCUCUGCUCCUAUAGCCAGCACAACCUCUGCCCCUACAACCAGCACAACCUCUGCCCCUACAACUAGCACAACCUCAGCUCCUACAAUCAGCACAACCUCUGCUCCUAUAACCAGCACAACUUCUGCUACUACAACCAGCACAAGCUCUACCCCUACAAGCAGCACAACCUCUACUCCACAGACCAGCACAACUUUGGCUCCUACAACCAGCACAGCUUCUGGUCCUGGGAUAACUUCAAGCCCUGUUCCCACCACCAGCACAACCUCUGCCCCUACAACCAGAACAAUCUCUGUCCCUACAAGCAGCAAAACCUCUACCACUAAAACCAGCAAAAUUUCUGCUUCUACAGCCAGCACAACCUCUGGCCCUGGAACUACACCCAGCCCUGUUCCUACCACCAGCACAACCUCUGCUCCUACAACCAGCACAACCUCUGCCUCUACAGCCAGCAAAACCUCUGGUCUUGGAACUACUCCCAGCCCUGUUCCUACCACCAGCACAACCUCUGCUCCUACAACGAGCACAACCUCUGCCUCUACAGCCAGCAAAACCUCUGGUCUUGGAACGACCCCCAGCCCUGUUCCUACUACCAGCACAAUCUUUGCCCCUAGAACCAGCACCACUUCUACCUCUACAACCAGUACAACCCCUGGUCCUCGAACUACUCCCAGCCCUGUUACCACCACCAGCACAGCUUCUGUUUCAAAGACCAGCACAAGCCAUGUUUCUGUAUCCAAGACAACCCACCCUCAACCAGUCACCAGAGACUGUCAUCCCCGGUGCACCUGGACCAAGUGGUUUGACGUGGACUUCCCAUCCCCUGGACCCCACGGUGGGGACAAGGAAACCUACAACAACAUCAUCAGGAGUGGGGAAAAAAUCUGCCGCCGACCUGAGGAGAUCACCAGGCUCCAGUGCCGAGCCGAGAGCCACCCGGAGGUGAGCAUCGAACACCUGGGCCAGGUGGUGCAGUGCAGCCGCGAAGAGGGCCUGGUGUGCCGCAACCAGGACCAGCAGGGACCCUUCAAGAUGUGCCUCAACUACGAAGUGCGCGUGCUCUGCUGCGAGACCCCCAGAGGCUGCCCGGUGACCUCUGUGACCCCAUAUGGGACUUCUCCUACCAAUGCCCCGUAUCCUUCCCUGUCUACCUCUGUGGCAUCCACCUCCGUGGCAUCCACCUCCGUGGCAUCCACCUCCGUGGCAUCCAGCUCUGUGGCUUACUCCACCCAAACCUGCUUCUGCAACGUAGCCGACCGGCUCUACCCUGCGGGAUCCACCAUAUACCGCCACAGAGACCUCGCUGGCCACUGCUAUUAUGCCCUGUGUAGCCAGGACUGCCAAGUGGUCAGAGGGGUUGACAGUGACUGUCCGUCCACCACGCUGCCUCCUGCCCCAGCCACAUCCCCUUCGACAUCCACCUCCGAGCCCGUCACUGAGCUGGGAUGCCCAAAUGCGGUUCCCCCAAGAAAGAAAGGUGAGACCUGGGCCACGCCCAACUGCUCCGAGGCCACCUGUGAGGGCAACAACGUCAUCUCCCUGCGCCCGCGCACGUGCCCAACGGUGGAGAAGCCCACCUGUGCCAACGGCUACCCGGCCGUGAAGGUGGCUGACCAAGAUGGCUGCUGCCAUCACUACCAGUGCCAGUGUGUGUGCAGCGGCUGGGGUGACCCCCACUACAUCACCUUUGACGGCACCUACUACACCUUCCUGGACAACUGCACGUACGUGCUGGUGCAGCAGAUCGUGCCCGUGUAUGGCCACUUCCGCGUGCUCGUCGACAACUACUUCUGUGGUGUGGAGGACGGGCUCUCCUGCCCGAGGUCCAUCAUCCUGGAGUACCACCAGGACCGCGUGGUGCUGACCCGCAAGCCAGUCCACGGGGCGAUGACCAACGAGAUCAUCUUCAACAAUAAGGUGGUCAGCCCCGGCUUCCGGAAAAACGGCAUCGUGAUCUCACGCAUCGGCAUCAAGAUGUACGCGACCAUCCCGGAGCUGGGAGUCCAGAUCAUGUUCUCUGGCCUCAUCUUCUCGGUGGAGGUGCCGUUCAGCAAGUUUGCCAACAACACCGAGGGCCAGUGCGGCACUUGCACCAAUGACAGGAAGGAUGAGUGCCGCACGCCUAGGGGGACGGUGGUCGCCUCCUGCUCUGAGAUGUCUGGCCUCUGGAACGUGACCAUCCCCAACCAGCCAGCCUGCCACGGGCCUCGCCCGACACCCACCACGGUCGGGCCCACCACACCGCCUGCUCCGUGCCUGCCAUCACCUAUCUGCCAGCUGAUUCUGAGCAAGGUCUUUGAGCCGUGCCACGCCGUGAUCCCCCCACUGCCGUUCUACGAGGGCUGUGUCUUCGACCAGUGCCAUAUGAUUGACCCGGAUGUGGUGUGCUCCAGCCUGGAGCUGUACGCGGCGCUCUGCGCGUCCCGAGACAUCUGCAUCGACUGGAGAGGCCAGACCAACCACAUGUGCCCAUUCACCUGCCCAGCCGACAAGGUGUACCAGCCCUGCGGCCCGAGCAAGCCCUCCUACUGCUACGGGAACGACAGCGCCAGCCUCGGGGCUCUGCCGGAGGCCGGCCCCAUCACCGAAGGCUGCUUCUGUCCAGAGGGCAUGAUCCUCUUCAGCACUGAUGCCCAAGUCUGCGUGCCCACGGGCUGCCCCAGGUGUCUGGGGCCCCACGGACAGCCGGUGAAGGUGGGCCACACUGUCAGCAUGGACUGCCAGGAGUGCACGUGUGAGGCGGCCACGUGGACGCUGGCCUGCCGAACCAAGCUCUGCCCGCUGCCCCCUGCCUGCCCCCUGCCCGGCUUCGUGCCUGUGCCUGCAGCCCCACAGGCUGGCCAGUGCUGCCCCCAGUACAGCUGCGCCUGCAACACCAGCCGCUGCCCCGCGCCCGCGGGCUGUCCUGAGGGCGCCCACAUGAUCCUGACCUACGAGGAUGGGGCCUGCUGCCCGGUCCAAAACUGCACCUGGACCGUGUGCAGCAUCAACGGGACCCUGUACCAGCCUGGCGCCGUGGUCUCCUCGAGCCUGUGCGAAACCUGCAGGUGUGAGCUACCUGGCGGCCCCCCGUCGGACGCGUUUGUGGUCAGCUGUGAGACCCAGAUCUGCAACACACACUGCCCUGUGGGCUUUGAGUACCAGGAGCGGAGCGGGCAGUGCUGUGGCACCUGUGUGCAAGUCGCCUGUGUCACCAACACCAGCAAGAGCCCCGCCCACCUCUUCUACCCUGGCGAGACCUGGUCAGACCCCGGGAACCACUGUGUGACCCAUGAGUGUGAGAAGCACCGGGACGGGCUCGUGGUGGUCACCACGAAGAAGGCGUGCCCCCCACUCAGCUGUUCUCUGGACGAGGCCCACAUGAGUAAGGAUGGCUGCUGCCGCUUCUGCCCGCCGCCCCCGCCCCCGUACCAGAACCAGUCGACCUGUGCUGUGUACCAUAGGAGCCAGAUCAUCCAGCAGCAGGGCUGCAGCUCCUCGGAGCCCGUGCACCUGGCUUACUGCCGGGGGAACUGCGGGGACAGCUCUUCCAUGUACUCACUCGAGGGCAACGUGGUGGAGCACAGGUGCCAGUGCUGCCAGGAGCUGCGGACCUCGCUGAGGAACGUGACCCUGUACUGCGCCGACGGCUCCAGCCGGGCCUUCAGCUACACCGAGGUGGAAGAAUGCGGCUGCAUGGGCCGGCGGUGCCCUGCGCCGGGCGACACCCAGCACUCGGAGGAGGUGGAACCCGAGCACAGCCAGAAGGCAGAGAGUGGGAGCUGGGAGAGAGGCGUCCCAGUGUCCCCCCUCCACUGA